AACUCAUGAGCAACUUGAGCAAAAGUUUCAGUUAGUCGUGCGUAGUUUUACCGCUCAAAUCUCCAAAUUAUGACUAAGAUAACUGUCAGUUUUUUUAUUACAAGUUUUUUAUUAAUUAUAAGUAUUUUAGAUAACAAUUUUACAUAUUCAAAACCCUUGCAGAUCUUGGAACAUAAACCCGGCUAUAUUGCGGUAUACAUAAGGCAUGGAGAUGAACCCUUAAUAAACAUAAAUCCAUCACUUGCUGAAGCUUUUCAUGAAGAAAAUAUCUUGAAAGGUGUAGUUCCGGUAGACAAAUAUGAUUCUCCAUCUCAAAAGAAUACCGUUGAUGAUAGUAAUAAACCACAGAAUUCGCUAAAUUCGGUCAACAAAAAGGAUGUAACUGCUCAGCCAUAUAUGGUGUCACAAACUUCAUGAAAGAGAUAUAAAAAAAGGUUGAUGGUGACGCGGCACCAAAAGAUCUCGAAGAGAUGACCGUGACGCUUUGGAAUGAUCUGCAAUUUUACGCAGAGAACAAUAAAAAUCAUUAAUGACUGCUGAUCAUCAGUUUAAGUAACGUUAAUAUAUUACAAAAAAAGACAAAC